AUGAAGAUCCUAUCCCUGGCUUUCUUCCUGGCGGUCUGCUCAGCUGCUUACGCCACACAAUGUAACGUGGAUCCAGUAAACGUACCAAAACAAUGGAUCACCAUGUCCCGUGGGUGCAGGGAUAGUGUUCGAAAGCAGAUUCAAAUGGAGGUCUCUGCUUCUAUCCAGUACUUGGCUAUGGGCGCCCACUUUUCAAGGGACUCGAUUAACCGUCCCGGUUUCGCCAAUCUAUUCUUCGAAGCCAGCAAGGAGGAACGUCAACAUGCCAUGAAGCUCAUCGAAUACAUGCUGAUGAGGGGAGAACUAACCAACAAUCUCACCUCACUCAUCAAUGUCCGGGCCCCAGAACGCAAGACGUGGUCAAGUGGACAGGAGGCGUUAGAAGAUGCUCUCAAAAUGGAAACUGAAGUGACAAAAGCCAUCCGAACUGUCAUUGUCAAUUGUGAACAUGACAGGUCGGCCGCCGCCGGUCAAGAUGACAAUGAUUACCAUCUCGUCGACUACCUAACUGGCGAGUUCCUCGAAGAACAAUACAAGGGUCAACGCGACCUUGCAGGAAAGGCCACCACUCUUAAGAAGAUGAUGGACCGUCAUUCAGCCCUUGGAGAGUUCAUCUUUGACAAGAAACUCCUUGGCAUUGAUAUAUAA